CACUGAUAAAUGAUACACAGCAGCCUGUGUGUCAGCGAUGGGGAAUAUACAACAGAGAAAGCUUCGCUAUUUUAUCCUGGUCUCUCUAUGUUUGACCUCUACUCCACAUGCUGCAGAUGGUCAAAUCAGACUGGCUGGGUCUGGGUCUACUCGCUGUGCUGGGAGAGUUGAAAUCUAUUACAACAACAUCUGGGGAACAGUCUGUGAUGACGAUUGGGACUUAACUGAUGCUGGCGUGGUGUGCAGACAGAUGCACUGUGGUUUGGCACUGAGUGCCUCUCAGUUGGCUCACUUUGGUGAAGGAACUGGUAAAAUCUGGCUUGAUGAUGUGGGCUGUUCAGGAAGUGAAAGGUCUCUAACUCAGUGUCAACACAGGGGAUUUGGGACACACAACUGUGGACAUGGUGAGGAUGCUGGUGUGGUGUGUUCAGGUGUGCCAAUCAGAUUGUCUGGGUCUACCAUGUGCUCUGGAAGAGUUGAAAUCAAUUACAACAAUGUCUGGGGAACAGUCUGUGAUGAUGGUUGGGACUUAGAAGAUGCUGUGGUGGUUUGCAGAGAGCUGGGUUGUGGUACGGCACUGAAUGCCCCUCACUCAGCUCACUUUGGUGCAGGAACCGGACAGAUCUGGCUUGAUGAUGUGGGCUGUUCAGGAAGUGAAAGGUCUAUAACUGAGUGUCAGCACAAUGGAUUUGGGACACACAACUGUGGACACAGUGAGGAUGCUGGUGUGGUGUGUUCAGGUGUGCCAAUCAGAUUGUCUGGGUCUACCUUGUGCUCUGGAAGAGUUGAAAUCAAUUACAACAAUGUCUGGGGAACAGUCUGUGAUGAUGGUUGGGACUUAGAAGAUGCUAUGGUGGUUUGCAGAGAGCUGGGCUGUGGUACGGCACUGAAUGCCCCUCACUCAGCUCACUUUGGUGCAGGAACCGGACAGAUCUGGCUUGAUGAUGUGGGCUGUUCAGGAAGUGAAAGGUCUAUAACUGAGUGUCAGCACAAUGGAUUUGGGACACACAACUGUGGACACAGUGAGGAUGCUGGUGUGGUGUGUUCAGCAAUCCUCCCAAAGCCCAGAAUCUCAAUGAAUCCUGCUGGGGAGGUUACCUGGGGUCAGAAUGUCGCCAUCACUUGUUUGGUCUCAACUCAAACUCAACAGCUUUUGAGUGCAACAUUCACUUUGACAAAGACUUCAGGUUCAUUCAGAAAGACCCAAAGUUCGAGUUCCAACUCUGCUAUGUUUAACAUACCUAAAGUCAACUUUAAUGACGAAGGAUCGUACCAGUGUCAGUAUCGGACGACGGUUUCGAGUCAAGACUUCAGCUCCCCCUUAAGUGACUCCAUCAGACUCUCUGUUACUGUGAUUCUCCCAAAACCCAGCGUCUCUAUGAAUCCUGUUGGUGAGGUUACUUGGGGUCAGGAUGUCAGCAUCACUUGUUCAAUCUCAACUCAGCAUUUAGGUGGGACAUUCAUUCUGCAGCAGACCUCAGGCUCAUUCAGGAAGACUCAAACAUCAAGUACCAACUCGGCUACUUUUAACAUCGUCCAAGUGGACUUUGACAAUGAAGGAUCGUACCAGUGUCAGUAUCAGACAAAGGGACCAAGUCGAGACUUCAGCUCCCCCUCAAGCGACUCUGUCAGACUCUCUGUUGCUGUGAUUCUCCCAAAACCCAGCGUCUCUAUGAAUCCUGUUGGUGAGGUUACUUGGGGUCAGGAUGUCAGCAUCACUUGUUCAAUCUCAACUCAGCAUUUAGGUGGGACAUUCAUUCUGCAGCAGACCUCAGGCUCAUUCAGGAAGACUCAAACAUCAAGUACCAACUCGGCUACUUUUAACAUCGUCCAAGUGGACUUUGACAAUGAAGGAUCGUACCAGUGUCAGUAUCAGGCGACGGUUUCAAGUCGAGACUUCAGCUCCCCCUCAAGCGACUCUGUCAGACUCUCUGUUGCUGUGAUUCUCCCAAAACCCAGCGUCUCUAUGAAUCCUGUUGGUGAGGUUACUUGGGGUCAGGAUGUCAGCAUCACUUGUUCAAUCUCAACUCAGCAUUUAGGUGGGACAUUCAUUCUGCAGCAGACCUCAGGCUCAUUCAGGAAGACUCAAACAUCAAGUACCAACUCGGCUACUUUUAACAUCGUCCAAGUGGACUUUGACAAUGAAGGAUUGUACCAGUGUCAGUAUCAGACGACAGUUUCAAGUCGAGACUUCAGCUCCCCCUCAAGCGACUCUGUCAGACUCUCUGUUGCUGUGAUUCUCCCAAAACCCAGCGUCUCUGUGAAUCCUGUUGGUGAGGUUACUUGGGGUCAGGAUGUCAGCAUCACUUGUUCAAUCUCAACUCAGCAUUUAGGUGGGACAUUCAUUCUGCAGCAGACCUCAGGCUCAUUCAGGAAGACUCAAACAUCAAGUACCAACUCGGCUACUUUUAACAUCGUCCAAGUGGACUUUGACAAUGAAGGAUCGUACCAGUGUCAGUAUCAGACAAAGGGACCAAGUCGAGACUUCAGCUCCCCCUCAAGCGACUCUGUCAGACUCUCUGUUGCUGUGAUUCUCCCAAAACCCAGCGUCUCUAUGAAUCCUGUUGGUGAGGUUACUUGGGGGCAGGAUGUCAGCAUCACUUGUUCAAUCUCAACUCAGCAUUUAGGUGGGACAUUCAUUCUGCAGCAGACCUCAGGCUCAUUCAGGAAGACUCAAACAUCAAGUACCAACUCGGCUACUUUUAACAUCGUCCAAGUGGACUUUGACAAUGAAGGAUCGUACCAGUGUCAGUAUCAGACGACGGUUUCAAGUCGAGACUUCAGCUCCCCCUCAAGCGACUCUGUCAGACUCUCUGUUGCUGUGCCACUGCAGCAGCCCAACAUCUCCCUGACAUCUCCUAACAGAGGGCUGGUCUGGAGUCCUAAAGGAGCAGAGGUCACCAGGGGUUACAGCUUCAUCUUCACCUGCACCACUUCCUCCUUUUAUCCUGGAGGAGUAUUGUCUCUCAUCUCCUCUAACUCCAACAUCACUGACACCAAGCCAGCAGUCAACCACUCAGCCUCCUUUACCUUUCCUGUAGCUGAGUAUGAACACCAGGGAAACUACAGCUGUGUGUAUGAAGUCACACUGUCCUCAAGGAAAUUCAGUUCUACACAGAAAGCACCCAUUAGUGUCAUCAUUAAAAUGCCUUUGUUGCCACUGGUCUCCUCAGUAGCUGCUGGGGGUCUGCUGUUGGUCCUGCUGGUCUUGAUAGUGGUCUGUCUGGUCUACAAGAGAAGACAACAAACCAAGCGGCCUGGAACUCUCGUCCAAACUCAAAUGCCUCUCAGAGUCAGGAACGUUUACGGAAGUGAUGAGGAUGAGGAUGAGGGUGAGGAGGAUGACUAUGAGAAUGCUGAUCCAAUGGAAACCAAGAGGAAACUCAAAGAUGGAGCGGCGAGAGUGGAGGAACAGGAGAUUAAUGAUUAUGAGGAUCCAGAGAGUGAUGACGAUCACAAUUAUGAGGAAGCAUGCCCCCAUGAAAAUUUCAUAAAAGCCAAGGAGGACUGUUUCAGUGUCGAGGAGAGCACGGGAGAGGAAGAAGAAGAGGACGAAGAAGAUGAAGAAGAAACCAGUGAUGAUGAAAACAUCUAUGAAAAUGUAAACCAGCCCUUUGAUGAACAAACUGUGUCCAGCUAUGGAGAAGAAGAGGAUAUUUAUCAAAACUUUUGAGGUGUCCAGUGGUCAUCAGUGUCACAAUGGUUGCCAUGGAAAAAGGACUAAUUUUUUGACCCUCUGCGAUCAAUUUCACCAAAUAAAUGGAAUGUUGAAAUCUUAAAGUGGAGAUGAAACACUGAAAACUAGGUCUGAGGUUCAUUGGAUUUUUACCUUAGACAAGAUAUAGCACUGUAAUCAAACUUGCAUCUAGAUUUGCUAACAAAAAAAAAAAAAAAAAAAGGUAGAUUGCAUAUCAUUUCUCAUUAUCAGGGUGCAGCCAUCUUUCAACAAGCUAGUUUGUGACAUCACCAGAAUGGUAGUUUACGAGGAGUGCUGGGUACAACACUGUACUUCAGACUAGUUAAGUGUUGAUAAAAUGGAGUUAGAGAGUUUUGAUGAGACACAAAGAACCACAGACAGUAAUGUUUUUUAAGCCAACUAGACCAAACAUAGUGGUACGACCUGUUUCCAUGGAGUUGGACAACAGCAGCUAACUUGAAAAUGAAGAGCAGCCUGAACUUAACUAAUGUUAUGUUUAAUGUCAGGUCGCAGCAGCUGACAAUCCACACAAAAUACCAAAUAUGUACUCUAUAACUGUUUCCAUCAAGUAGUCAGUCCACAACAACAGUGUGUGAGGCUUAUGGCAUUAAAUUCACAUUAUGAUGUUGCAGCUAACAUAGCAAACAUUAGCCUAACCCAGCGGUUACACCCACAAGCCACCUUAUAUCAUGAGCAACAUCAUUCUCUCCUAGAAUCUAAGAAUCAUAUGUACAAUAUGUCACCAUCAGAGGAACUGUUAGGGCGGAGCGGCACUGAGCAUGUUCUAUUUUCCAGUGCUGGUGAUGUCAGUUCACAGGGUCCACCUUACUUGCUGUUUUGACUUAAGAACUGAAGUUUGGGAUUACUUAUAUGGAUACACAAAAUCGCUAUUUAGUUUGUUUAAUAAAAGGACAAGGUACAGGGUGGGGCGUCCCCCUAAUAUAAUGGUAGGGUGGC